UCCGACGACGACGAGGACAACGACAGCCGCAUCAGUGGCUCCACCGCUGACCGCAACUCAUCCGACGGCCAUAAGUGGCGUCGAGUGAAGCCCGGCUUCGCCCGCAUCGCGUUGUAUCCCAACGGAGCCACUCGAGUGAUCAACGAGUCUAAGGCCAAACUUUACGACCGGUCGCUUCUGAACGGAGACAUUGUUCAACGCUUGGAUCCGUUGACUAAUAAAUUGGUGCCAAACGGGGAACACGGCUUCUGUCGGUCCACCAGAAUAUUGACCACAAUUAAGAUCUUAGGGACCGAUAAAGUGAUCGAAAACGUGGACACGAAUGAUAUGGAAAUGUUGUUGAGUUUAAGCGCAGAGACCAUCUGUUUGUUGGACUCGUGGGUCGGUUACGUGAAAGAAGUGAAUCUUAAGCUCACACUGAAAUGUGUUGACGGAUCGCUGCUCACCAUCGAUGACGUGGAUAUCAGCGACUUCGAGGAUCUGCUGACACAACGCGAGAGCAACGACACCGAGUUUAGUAGAGAUGAUUACUAUAUCGGACAACAACUGUUUGGUCCCAAAAGUGACCUCAAGAACGCCCAAUGGACUCAUCAAACGAAACAAAUGAAACGCUAUAUGAGCUCUCAGUCCGUCCGCAACUCUAAGAUCAAUGUCGCGGUCGAAGACAUUGCCAUCGAUAACGUGUCCGUCAAUUGGUUGUGCUGUCUAUCGGACGAUAAUUUAUGUAAUAAAUCUCAAAUGAAUACUUCAAUGACCGGUAAUAAUAACCUGAAGAAUGCAAACAAAGAUAAGUCAGUGAACAGUCCGAUCGGUGGUCCGACUUAUCACCCGAUGGGAGAUAUCAUUAGAGGCGAAGCCAUAUCGCGGAUGAAGUGCGUGAAUCACUUCAGGAAGUGUUCGGCACAGAUCGGCCAUCAGUGCUAUUAUACCAUCAAAGAGAACGACUCUAUUGUCAGCGUUUCUGAAUGGGAAGCAAAGGAAUCGAUGAAAUGGUUGAACGAAGAGAAGAAUGAAAGUGCUAUUAAAACAAGCGAUGAAAUUAGCCGUCAGUCGGAUAACGAAAACACUGUGGCGUCGAAUGAAAAUCCUCUCAUAACUAAGUCAGACAGCGAUAGCCUUUCCAUCUCUUCCUUAGAGACGAGUAAUUCUAAGACUAAAAAAGCGAAGAAAAGGAAAAAUCAAUUUUCACUGUCGUUGAGGAAAAUUAAAUCUAAGAAACUGUUGCCUUCGCACCGGAAGACUCCGCUCUCCCUUCCCAUUAGCACUACUCCCGGCGCUCGACUCCCUAUAGAAAUCAUAGCCACAAACACUCGGGUGUCUGUCGUUUGGCAGAAUACCAAUACCGAGGAAGACGUUCCGUCCAUUUCUCUAUAUCCGGUCCAUAACAUCGAUAAUCACGACUUCUUUCCCGGAGAUUUUGUGGUCGAAAACAAAGACAUUUCGCACUCCUAUGACUACGGAGUGAUCCAGAAGUGUGACUACACGUCGCGGACCGCAAUAGUCAACUGGUUGUCAGUGACGGCCGACUCUCCCACUCCUCAAUUCGUUGCUCAACAAGAACUCAGUGUUUACGACAUCAAAGAUCACCCGGACUUCAACUUCCGUCCCGGCAUUUGUGUCGUCAGGAUAUUAUCACUGAAUGAGGAGAACUGCGAGCCCUCCGCCCGAACCGGUCAAGUGCUCGAUCUUAUGUUAGACGGAAUGCUAUUAUGUGUUUGGCUCAACGGGCAGACGUCUCUCGUGUGUCCGCAACACCUCUUUGUUGUCGGAGACUAUGAUUCGGAUGACUUGUGGGGCGACAGUGAUAUGGAUUACGACUCGGACUUUAGUGUAUAUGAAAGCGCCGAGAGUUGGGAAACGGACGGCCAAAAAGCCAAAGAUAAUAAAAAAAGUCCGAAAAAGUUAUCGCAUACGAGUCCUAACAGUAGUGGCAACAGUCAAAACAGUCAACGCCUACUAAAUCUGUUACAAACGGGUGCCUCACAAGUGGAAGAAUGGCUC